CAAAACUUCGCGAGCCGCUUGGGAAUUGGGGGGUAUCUCUCUCUCUCUAAAGGAAGGAAAGCCCCUUGUCCUGCUUUCCCAGCAUCAGGAUGCGCCAUCAGGCUUGGCUCCUUCCCUCCCGACUCAUCCGAGAAGCUAGAAACCCAUCAGCGCGCAGCACAAAAGGACUCGUCCGCGACCGAGAAACAAAAGAGCGUGAAAAGCGGCAGAAAGAAGACUAGGGCGCAGCCGGCCGGGGAAGCCCCGCGUGGCAGCGCGCGGGAGGCGCGGCUCGGGCGCGAGAUGUCUCGCCUCCUCCUCCUCCUCCUCCUUACCCGGACGCGGGAUCCUCGCAGCCUCUUUCCAAGGAAGGGCCGGCUCCGGGAAGCCUUUGUCCCGAAAGGGACUUCGAGGCAGCCGGCGGCAGGAGCAGCAGCAGCCUGGGGACCAUCCACUCCGCCUCGCCGUCUUUUGCUGAGGAAAGCUGCUGGAAAGGUUCCCCCUCUGAGGCGCGGGGUGUGCGAGGUCAGGCGGGAGGGCGCGCCCUGGGGACGAGGAAAGGAGUCCCUCCUCCUCCUCCACCUCUCUCCGGCUUCCCCUCAGAAGACGCGCGCUCCUUUCCUUGGCCGGGGUUCCUGGAGCACUUCCCCAGCGGCCCGGCCGCGACGUGCGCUUCAGGGGGAGCCCGCGGCGAGGCCGGGGAGAAGCGCUGCCUCCGGCGAGGGAGAGUUGCAAAGUGUUCGCAAAGUCGCUGCAUCCCCUCCCGGCUCCGGCUGCUCCCGCCCUCGCUCCCUCAGCUUUUGCAGGCGGAGGGGGAGACAGGCAGCGGGAGAGAGAGAGAGAGAGAGAGCCCAGCUCCACCCCGCCGCCGCCCCCCUCCUCCCCACUUCGCUCCUUCUUGCGCGCGCUCUCCCUUCCCACCCUCCCUCUCCAGGGAGUAGCCGGCUAACAAGGACCCUUCUGUUGGCUUUGUCCAAGACCCUCGCCGACAAAAUAUGCGGCUACGUUGCUGGGGCGCUUGCGUGCUGCGGGCGGGAGCGAGGAGCCGCGCUGCACGAGGGGUGCUUUGGGGUUGCUGGGUUUUUGUGCGGAGCCGGAGAGAAAAGGCGCCACUUUCAUCCUGCCCGUGAGUUGUGGGGGCUGCCCACUGAGCUUGGCCCGGAAGCUGCAGCUGGUGCAAAAUGCAGUGGCUUGGCUGUUCACUGAGUGACCCUGAAGGUGGCUCACAGGACAACAUUUCAAUAGGGCCCAAUCCAUGAAAGCAAGAACAGUGUAACACUGAACUUCAUGCUGUCCUGCACACUGUUAUCCGAUUUAAAAGAACUGCACCACUUGAAGACAGAAGGGAGUGGGGAAAACACCACUCUGAAUAAUGCAUAAAAUAUGGAGGGCAUCCAAGCUAUAUCUCUCAGCCUUUCCAAAGCCGGGGCCCAGCAGACUGCCAAAUUGUGCAUCCCACUGUAUUUUGCAUGCAGUGACUAAAAUCUGACGCUGCAAACUCAUGAGAGCAUAACAGGAACACACGGAAGAUUUAGUGGGUCUGUUGCUGUGCUUGGAUUCACCCUAGAAUUGAUUCCAUAAAACAUGUCUGAUUGCCCUGAACCUAUGGGAUGAAAUCAAAAUGAAUACUUAAUAAACAGGUCACCCAAAGAAGCUCCUCUGUCUUCUCUAGCUGGGAGUAGCAGCAGCAGCAGUUUUCCUACUGAAGGGGAAGGCGUGCUCUCUGGACUCUCUAAAUAAGGACGGUGUAAUAAAUCUGGGCAGCUAAGUGCCCUUUUGGAUUUCUGCGCUUUUAUGAUACGGCUUCUUCCUUCUUUCAUAAACUGGCCAGAAGGAAUGCCCAGAACAGGGGUGCCAACUUGAAUAAAAUUGGGGGGGGCGUAGGUAAGCCCUACAUAAUCAUAUGACACAGUGCGCACACACACCAUUUGAAUGGCAAUGCCCAUCAACUUUGGCGAGGCCCAGCAGACACGGGUACCCCAACUAUAUAACAAUAUGAAUCUGAUCCAGAAAGGCUAUGUCGGUUGGAGAUUGGCCAAGCUAAUUUUUAUAUUUUAAAUUUUUAUAUAUCUUGGUAAGUGUAGCUUCAAAAAGAAAGGAACUGGUACCUCAACCAGAAACGGUAGUUAGUCCAGAUGCACUUCGUAUUUCUCCAUAUGUUCAUAUUACAAUGAAGAAGUGAAAGUAGAAGCAGCAAUCCAACUUUUCAAUAGCACAUUGACCUGCAACAAUUAGCUAGUGAAAACAUUUCUUUCAUGAAAAACUUUUAUCUGCAGCUGACUGCUGCAUACAGUAUCAAUCCUUUUUUAAAAGCACACUAUCAGGCCUGCUAUUUUUGCUUCCUUAAAAAAACAAAAACCAGGGGGAAAGCCUGACAAUCUUAAUUUUCUUAUCACCCAGGAAAUGUUGCAAGAUGUGUUAUUUGGUGAAUAGGCAUACUUAAGAAAAAGUUGAUCAACUUCCUCUUGAGUUUUUGAGGACAACAUGCAUCAUUACACAGAAUGUGAACUACGUUGAUACAUCUGUUUAGUACAUAUGUAUUCUGCCUUUCUUCCAUCACAAAACUCAAGGUGACAUAGAUCAGUCUCCCAUCAAGGCAAUGGACAGAUCCAGACCACACUAGCUUCAGCAAGGUUACCGUAUUCUUUGCCCUCAGUCCAUAGUUUAGGAGCAGAUCCUGUAAACCACACAACAGUCCAGAGUAGCAGUAGGACAGUUCUCUGUAGCUCGGAUACAUCUAUAUUUGAAGAUAUUGUUUGUGGCUGGAUAUAUUUUUCUCUUAGGUUAUUUUAUUGUCAGGUAUCUUUGACUUCAAAGCACUCUUUUAAAAACAAAGCAAUUUUUUUUCAGUUCCACUGAAACAGAAGGCCAUAAAAAAUGGUUUACAAGCUUUGCUUGUGGCUCUCCCAGUGACAGCUGUAAAAGCCCAGGAAGGCUAAAAGUCUGCUGCAAGGCGGUUUUUAUUUCUGCACAAACAGGUGUCAGUGUCAGAAUUUAAAAAACAAACAAAAACAUUUUGCCACCUGCAGACCAAAUGCUAAUUUCUUCAAAACAGAAAAGUUGAGAGAAUCCUGUAACUCGGAGGCCAAAUCACAAAACCUCGGUCCUGUUAUGUGGCAUAUGGUAGGAAAACAGACUGCACAACACACCAAAAGAGACUUGCAGUUGUGUGAAACCUGACAAACUUUAAAGAAUCUGGGUACUUUUGUAGAGCUGCUGAUACCAUAUACGCUAAGAUUGAUCUUAAUAUCCAAAUGCCAGUACUCCUUAUGCUGCCCAAGCAUGAAAAGAAAGUACAGUCAGGUUAAGUACUUAAUUUGUU